GGAGGCUUGUACUUAAACGCAGGAUGGAGUGCGCGCACGGACAGGCUCCUGGACUCUACUAUGAACACAUUUAAGUGCACUUUACGGAUUUAAACGUACUUUAUCGACAUUGGGUUUUUUUUCUAGCCACUGUGACUAAGCUGUGACCCGAGUCUUGGAUGAUCCAAAAUGAACUUUACUGGCUGGAGCUUGGUGGUGAUCCACUGAAGAGCACCACCACUGGAUGAAAACGAGCAGCCUUUAAUCCAGAAAAGGAUUCCUAGUGUCUGAUAAAAGUCUCCUAACCGUGUAUAAGGACCACUUGGAGUAUAAAAAUCAAGUCAAGGACGCAUUUAGUUCCACUCAGCCUGUAGGAAGAUGGGAGUGAAAGAAUAAAACUGCCUGGAGUCUAAAGGAGCUUCAUGAAUUCUAAGGAAUCUUAAAACAGAUGGUGUGAAUUUGUGUAUGUCUGUGUGAGAGGAUCAGGCAAGCAUGUGGAUGUCAGCUGCAACUGUCCGCCGUCUUCUGGCUGCUGCGCUGCUCUGGGCCGGCUGCCUCCUGUCAGUGGUGACCACAGAGGAUGAUGUCACGCCUCGCAUCAGCUUCUCAUACAAUGCAAAGGAGAGGUCAGCCAAGAGAUUCUCUGUGGCCGGCGUCUUCAAUUACACCUCUCUUCUGCUCAGCCAGGAGGACGACAUGCUGUACGUCGGAGCCAGGGAGACACUGUUUGCCCUCAGUCUCUCAGACAUAAACAAGACCAAGCUGCAGAAGAAUCUGACAUGGGGCACUCCUGCUGGAAAGAGAGAGGAGUGCAGCUUCAAAGGGAAAAACCUGGAGACUGAUUGCUUCAAUUACAUCAAAAUUCUUCUGCGGCUGAAUAACACUCAUCUCUACGUGUGUGGCACCUAUGCUUUCAGUCCUAUGUGCGCCUACAUAAACACGUCAACUUUCACACUGGGGAGAGAUGAACUAGGCGAGGUCGUGAUGGAAGAUGGGCGCAGUCGCUGCCCCUUUAAUCCCGAGUACAAAUCCACUGCCAUCAUCGUUGAUGGUGAAUUGUACACUGGUACAGUCAGCAACUUCCAAGGGAAUGAACCAGUUAUUUACAAGAGUUUGGGUCAGGGAACUGCACUGAAGACAGAAAACUCUUUAAAAUGGCUGCAAGACCCAGUCUUUGUCGGGUCAGCUUACAUCGAGGAGAGUCAGCCAGUAGGCAACCCUGUGAGCGACGACAACAAGAUUUACUUCUUCUUUAGCGAGGCAGGAAAAGAAUUUGACUUCUUUGACAACACCAUUGUGUCAAGGAUUGCUCGCGUGUGUAAGGGUGAUAAGGGAGGUGAGCGGGUGCUACAGAAGAAAUGGACCACCUUCCUCAAGGCUCAGCUCCUGUGUUCCCUCCCUGAUGACGGCUUCCCCUUCAACAUCAUCCAGGACAUGUUUGUGCUGAAGCCUAUGGCAGACAGCUGGGAGAGCACCAUCUUUUACGGCGUCUUCACCUCGCAAUGGUAUAAAGGAGCAUCAGGCAGCUCAGCAGUGUGUGCCUUCACCAUGGCCCAGGUGGAAAAAGCCUUCAGUGGGCGCUACCGAGAAGUCAACCGAGAGACCCAGCAGUGGUACACCUACAACCACCCUGUGCCAGAGCCACGGCCUGGGGCGUGUGUGACCAACCAUGCUAGGCAAAUGGGUAUCCAGUCGUCUUUGCACAUGCCUGAUAAAGUCCUCAACUUUGUCAAGGACCAUUUCCUGAUGGACAGCGUGAUCCGCAGUGCUCCCCUGCUACUGAAACGCAGUGUGCACUACACGCAGAUUGCCGUGCACAAGAUCCAGGGCAUGGAGAGGGCUUAUGAUGUGCUCUUCAUUGGAACCGAUGAUGGAAAGCUCCAUAAGGCCAUCAAUGUCAAUGAUAAGAUGCACAUCAUAGAGGAGAUUAUUCUAUUUUCUGAGCCUCAGCCUGUGCAACACAUUGAACUUGAUCCUCAGAGGGGUCUGUUGUUUGUGUCGUCCUACUCGGGGCUGGUCGAGGUUCCUGUGGCCAACUGCUCCAACUACCUGAGCUGUGGAGAGUGCGUGUUGUCCAGAGACCCCUACUGCGCCUGGACCGGGCGACUGUGUCGGGAUGUCAGGAUGGCUCCGCCUGACAGCCACUGGCAGCAGGAUGUGGAGGAGGCUGAUACGUCAGCGAUUUGUAACAGGACGUUUCCCAGCACCAGAUCUGCCAGACCAGCAGCUUCUCGUGGCACCCACUGCCAGCUCAUCACAAUCCCAGCCAACACAUUCAGAGUCCUGCCCUGUAAGCUGCGGUCCAACCUGGCAAAGAGGAGGUGGCGUUACCGUGACAGUGCCAGCCAGUUCCUCUAUGCUACUCCUGAGGGAAACCUGGUAGUGGUGGCUCAGGCCUACAGGAUGGAGACCUAUGAGUGCUGGUCUGAGGAGGAAGGUUUCCAUCAGCUGUUGGCCAACUAUUGUGUGAGGGCAGAGCCCCGCCAGGAGAGUACUACUUUGAUUGGUCACUCACGCACACCACACAUUAAGCAAGAGGAGACCAUCAUUCUGCCCGGCGAGUCUCGUUCUGAGCAGGUCCACACGAAGACCUACUGGAAUGAACUGAUUGUGGUGUGCACCCUGCUGGCAUUUUCCCUCGUGGUGUUCUCCUUGUUUGUCAUCUACAGGAACCGUGACCACAUGAAGUCCAUGCUGAAGCAGGGCGAGUGCCCUAACAUGCAGCAGAAGAAACCAAGGAUAGUGGGAAAGCCUGCUGAGAGCUUACCCCUCAAUGGUAACACUAUCCCUGUUUCCACAUCAGAUCACAAAGGCUACCAGACGUUAAAUGACAACUACAUCUGCAGCACGCCCAUGCACGAGUCCUCGCCAGACAACAGCAAGAGCUUCUCAGAAUCCUCCGACAGGCGGCCACUUAACCUGAAGGAGAGCCACGUGGAGUACUCCCCAACUUGCCCUCGGCCCAGAGUGAGGCUAGGUUCAGAGAUCAAAGACUCUAUCGUAUGAGAGCACAGUAUAAGCUAAACAAUGCCACCCUGUACCUUCAUGAAGGAUACAGGCCACCGAGCAAAGAGAGGAGACCCCGAGGUACAUCACGGCUCAUCCUUUAUUUAGUUGUCUUUGUUCUGUGAUCAGUGCGGAGGUCAUUUCAUUUAACCAUUUACAUGCCAACGCUGGAGUUUGACUAGAGAGUUCAACAAGGGUCACCAAACCAUGGCAGCUGCUAAGAACAGAAAUUUGUUCUGUGUCAUUUUCAUGGCCACUAACAGCAUGUGUGUGAGAGUGUGGGGCUGGACAAUAUGGAUGAAAAGCCUUCCUCCUCUAUCAAUAUAUAUCAGAGUAUCUCUUACAUAUGCAAGAUCCAACAGUAAACUGUCUUGUUGAUGUCCAUCACAUGUUAUUAAAACAAACAAACAAAAUAGUAAAUUAUGACUAUUGCUGUGUUGUCCAGCCCUAUUCGACUAUGUUUAGCCAUGCACAUGCUCUGCAAGAGAUGACUGUCAGAGUUCUGUUAUUAUGCACAGCAGAACCAAGCUACAACUACAGUACAUGGUGGCUAAGAGGUUGAGGAAAAUAUAACGUGUACUACAUGUUCAUUCUGAUCCACAUAUUAUGGAAGUGAGUCAAAUGAACAUUUGUUCCCCUUUGCUGAAUAAAUGUCAUGAGUGUAUGAGGAUAAAGACGGUGAAAGAUGAGGCAGGCCAGCAGAGAACACCAGACCGUGAUUAAACAGGGCUUGCUUAAACCUGUUGGAACAACAGUGAGAAGAACUGCAACUUUAUGAAAGAUGAGAUCAUAAAUUCUGCUCCACAGCCUAAAUACUGGCAUUUACCUCCUGAAUGUGUGUUGUUGUUGUUUAAAGAAGGUCUGUUUGAUUCUCACAUAACUGUACCACGGACAAUGUAGAGGAUCCAUCUGCUCAUCUGAGACACAUUGUCCUGCAGGUACCUUGAUGGGUAAUAAAGUGACUAAGUCAUAUAGUAAAUGCCCUGUUUUUGAAGCUAAUAUGGAAAAGAGACCUGGCAUUGCAAACACAAAGCCUCUACCAUGUUUAAGGCAGCACCAAAAUCAUCAUGUGCACUGUGCCAAAAACAAAAAAUAACUGGUCUUAUUUAAAUGCAAUAGUGCCAUUCUGUUACGACCACUCCCAUCUCAUGCUUUGUAUUAUCACUGAUCACUGUCCAAGAGCACAUGGUGAUGGAGCCACAGUUGGGUUUCACAAAAGUAAAGUGGCACUAAUAAUAAAUGUGAAGUGCAAGUGGAAUUUUUGUCAAGACUGUUAGCUUAUUAAUUUUUUUUCAAACUGUGUCAGGCAAAAUAAAUGACAUUCGUGUAAAAUCUAUUCUGGGGCCAAAUGAUAUGGCAUGGAGAUACUAGUCGUAUGGUUGUCGGUUGAGAAAAUAUUCCAGUUUUUCUUCCGUUGCCCUUAAAGAAAUGAUCUGCCUUCUUAGUGUUCACACUAAAACAUACAGGUACAGCUAGUUUCAGACUAUUAAGUCUGAUGAAUGCUUACAGUCCUAACAUGUCCACUCAAAGUGUCAGAGUUACAGACCAGCUAAUAAUAACUGUUGCUGUAGUGGAGAGAGAAUAUGUAGUGGUCUCUUGUCCAGACUGCAGCUACACUAUGUUUUGAUGUAGAUGCACAGAGAGUGCUGAAUAAGCUCAAUACAGCCCUCACUCCACCAGGUUACAUUUCUUACACCUAUUGCUUUCACUACAGUUGGUCAUAUGUCAAGGCCUCAUUAAUGUGAAAGCAUGUUGACGAAAUGCAACUACCGAGAGAUAAAAGGUGUGGCUGCUAAGGACAAAGGUUAUUGAGCAAUCACUUAUAACAGGGACCAGUGCAGCCGUUACAGUCAUGCACCAACAUUGCUUAGGUUUUUGAGACUUUACAAGCAGAAUUUUCCAAAGAUGUAGGGAGCUCAUAAUGUUGUAUAACUCUGAAUGAGAAACAUUUACGUGGCCAUAGGGAUGGCACAAUGUCUUAGAAUACAUCACUAACUUGCUGUAUUGAUCAAGUAAGCCUACAGUAUAUAUUCCAGUAUCAUAGAAAAUCAUACUUUUGCUACUUUGAAUACUGAGCAGAUCACAAAAUGCUAUGUAACUGCGACAGGUUAACAAAAUAACUACAUAGCCAACUGCGCAGCAGUCAGUGUUUUGAUUUUUGCUUUAGUUUUUGCUGUGUGUGUGUGUGUAUAAAGUAUCUGUGCUUAAUAUUGUGUGUUUUUAAGGGACAUUGUGCAAGAUGUGUUGUAGAGAUAGUCUUGAAACUAGAGAGUGAACACUGCUGAUAUUUUUCUUCAUUCUGCUUCACCUUUUCAAGAGUAAUCACACAGAAUAGAGCACAUUUCUCACCACAUUGUUAUCAAGUUUGUCAAAGCAGACGUUUUUAUUUUUUGUCUUACUAAAUUAAAUGAAGUUUUGAUAUUUGGGGAAAAUCUGGAAUAAUUUGGAUACAAAUGUAAUAUUGUGGUUAAAAUGGCAAAUCUGAAGCUACGCCAGCAGCUAGUUAGUUUUGUGGAGCUUAAAGAGUCUGACAUACAACGUCCCCUGUAAAACCUCAAGUUGUUGUUUUUACAUGUAGGUUUUUGUAUGGGGUUUAAAAAGAAGAAGAUACAUUUUCAUUAGUGCUGGCAGGGGGAUUUUGAUAACUUUGGACAGAGCCCUGCUAACUCUUUCCAGUCUCUGUGCUAAGCUAAGUUAGCCAGCUGUUAGAAGUAGUUUAUUCACAUGAGACUAGUACCAAUCUUCUCAAUCUAACUCUUGGCAAUAGAGUGUAUUUCCCCCAAUAUCAAAUUCUUCCUUUAAUAUUGUUUGCUUUGUGAAAUGAAAUUAACCAAAUUACAGAGUAUUACAUUUGCUAAUAAAUGUGAGAAUAAAUCAGAUUCUAAAAGUCUUAGUGUAGAGUGUUAUCACCUCUGCUAACGCUAAGAUUUUCUAAACAAUUCAGUCUCCAGUGGCUAAAUAACCUGCUUUGAUAUGCUUGAUGAAUAACCUCACAAAAUAUUUUCAAAAUGCCUUCAGACAUCAAGUUGUUCUGCCUUUAGCUGCCUGCCACAUUAUACCUGAACUACCCAGCAGUGACCUCACCAACAGAAAUGUGGUGAAUAUUGUGAUUGUAGCCCUCUGUGGGCGCACGUAACUCCACAACACGGGUCAGCAGUAGAUUUACAGAUGCACCCAAGCCAGAGUUAACUUUGGCUGCAAACAGAAAGUCUGGGAGCUGCUCAAAAUCUUGUCCCAUUCUGCCUUUGCUUGUGUGAAAAGUCCUAAAACACAUGCACAGGAAACUCCUCUCUGAACAGUUCAGUGUUUAACGAUAAUAUCACUACUUAACCUCUUACAGAAAGUUGAAUCUACAAUACAAUCUGACCUUAAUAGUUAAUGUUAAAAUGGUAAAUACUGUGUCAUAAAGUUGUAUUUAUCAAUGAUGUGCUUUUCAUUAAAAAGCAAAUGAUCUCAU